UCCAACUUGGAAAAUCGGAGGUUUUUUCCCCCCCUUCGAAAUAAAAUCGUAUGAAAAACGUGGUCCAUGCCCUCUCCACACGCAUCUAUAGGUAAACAUGUUUCCACGUAACGGAGCGGGAACUAUAAGGAAGAAAUACCAAGUACAUAGUCCGGACGCGGGAUCCAUUGGCUGGACCCUUGCACAUGUGGCUUCUUGCAGGGCGCCAAGAGCUAAAGGCCGGGCUACCUCCAGAGCUCAAGCUCACGUCUUAUUGUUGAUGCCUGCAGCGCGGCUCCGAUGAGAACACGACUGCUACAGCUUGCUGAUUGCUCUUGGUGAAUAAAUUGAUGCUGUUCCGAACAGAACUGUGAGAGUAUGAAGUUCGCCUGGUGAGCUUGCUGACUCGGACAUAUCAACCGCAACUACUGUACCUACUAGAAUCUGGCACAUCUCACGCAAAGCCAAAAACUCCCUCGAAACUUGAACCCUACACGUCGCAACCCCCUCCAUAAUGUCUACCACCCACACCAAAGGCACAUCUACGGAUACGCUCCACCAUGAGGCAGCCGGCCUGCAACAUCGACCCAUCUCAGUCGCGGUCAACCCAGUAGCGCUCGUUGUUACAGAAUGCGUGACAGUCACGUCGGCAAUGCGAAAGCAUGCCCGGUGGGCGCAUUCUUCAGUCGCGGCGAUUCUCGGUGGCUCCUCGAACAAAGCACCAGCGGUUCAGAAGCGCGACCGGGCUGGCCAAGGCAUCGUGAGCGGAGAGGGGCAGCAAGAGGAGGCGGUACCCAGCAGAUGGGGUUUGCGAGGAAAGAAGGGCAAGAGCAUGCAAGAUAAUCCUCUCAUGUCUGCAUUUGCGCGCCUGAGGAGUGAGCUCAAGGGUUGCAAAGAUAUCAAGACUUUCGAUACCCCUUCAAUGCUCCACCCCUUUCUACAGGUCAUUCGCUCCUCCUCCACGUCUGCGCCUAUUACCUCACUCGCCCUAAUCGCCAUUACCAAAUUCCUAUCCUACAACAUCAUUGGGCGCGACUCACCACGACUCCCCGAGGCUAUGCAACAGCUCUCCUCAGCCAUCACGCACUGCCGUUUUGAAGCUAGCGAUACUGCCGCUGAUGAGAUUGUACUUCUACGGAUAUUGAAGCUCAUGGAGGGCAUGGUUUCCGGGCCAUGUGGUGAGAUUCUGGGGGACGAGAGUAUAUGCGAAAUGAUGGAGACGGGACUGAGCAUGUGCUGCCAGGCAAGACUAUCUGAAUUGCUGCGUCGGUCUGCCGAGAUCGCCAUGGUUUCCAUGUGUCAGGUCAUAUUCAAGCGUCUAAAGACACUGGAAAUUGAAUCCCCCGAAGAGCUCGAAGCAUUGGACGAGGAAUUGGACAACGACGAGAAGCAGGAUGGCUUGAAGAUGGACCCUUCAAUGGGCGUGCAAAACGAUAAUGGACCCUCAAUCAAAGUAGAAGAACCACAACAACCAAGCACAUCGGACAAGGGUCAGGACGAUACCGAUAGCAACGCGCCUAAUCCUACAGGGAGCACACUGGAUUUAUUGGCGACAACAGAACCCGAACAGACAUCAAUCGAGACUACUGGACCAUACUCCUUACCAUCGAUCCGAGAAUUGUUCCGCGUACUCGUAGAUUUGCUGGAUCCGCAUGACAGAAGUCAUACAGACACGAUGCGUGUGAUGGCUCUGCGAAUUGUGGAUGUCGCACUUGAAGUGGCUGGUCCUUCAAUAGCAAGUCAUCCUAGCUUAGCAAAUUUGGCCAAGGACACACUAUGUCGGCACCUUUUCCAGCUCGUUCGUUCCGAGAAUAUGGCGGUUCUGAAUGAGUCACUCCGCGUUGCUGGUACUUUGCUAGCAACAUGUAGGAGUGUUCUUAAGUUGCAGCAAGAGCUAUAUCUAUCAUAUUUGGUGGCAUGUCUUUUCCCACGCGUUGAAAUCCCGCUUGAACCUGGUAUCGAGCCCUCCUUAUACGAAGGAGUUCCACAGGCUCCCAGUCUUAUCAAGCCAUCACCGCAGCAGAACAGCGGCAGUGGUCGUUCUACGCCCGUACCUGUCAAGGACCGACAAAAGCUUGGUUUGGAGGGUGGAGCGAGGAAGCCCGAUGCUAGAGAAGCCAUGGUGGAGAAUCUAGGUGCCUUGGUUCGCAUACCUUCAUUCAUGGCAGAGCUUUUUGUCAACUUUGACUGCGAGACGGAUCGCAUGGAUGUCUGUAUGGACAUAAUCGGCCUAUUGUCACGAAAUGCCUUCCCAGAUUCAGCAACUUGGAGCACCGUCAACGUACCACCAUUGUGCUUAGAUGCAUUGCUUGGAUUCAUACAAUCAAUGGCAGAUCGACUUGAAGAUGAGCCAGUCACAGAAGGCUUCCCGAGCCCGGAUUUGCUCCGAGAACAACGAGCCCGGAAGAAGAUUAUCAUUCGUGGCGCUACGAAGUUCAAUGAAAGCCCGAAGGGUGGCGUAGCAUUCCUUGCGUCGCAGGGAAUCAUCAAGAACCCAGACGACCCCAAAUGUAUUGCCGAAUUUGUCAAAGGAACUACUCGGGUUGACAAAAAAGUACUAGGAGAGUUCAUCUCCAAAAGAUCAAAUGAGGGCUUACUCCACGCUUUCAUGUCCCUGUUUGAUUUCAAGGGUCUUCGUGUUGAUGAAGCGCUGAGGCAAUUACUCAAUUCCUUCAGAUUACCAGGAGAGUCCCAGUUGAUCGAGAGAAUCGUGACAGAAUUCUCGGAACAAUACUACGAACAGGCACAACCAGAGGACAUCGCCAACAAAGAUGCGAUUUAUGUCCUUAUCUAUGCAGUCAUCAUGCUCAACACCGAUCAGCACAACCCAAACUUGAAAUCGAAGCGCAUGGCUUUCGAAGAUUUUGCUAAAAAUCUGAGGGGCGUCAACGACGGGAAAGAUUUCAACCCCGACUUCCUGCGCGCUAUAUUUGAAUCCAUCAAGACUCGCGAAAUCAUCCUUCCCGAAGAACACGGGGAUCGCCAUGCGUACGAUCAUGCUUGGAAAGAGUUGUUGAUCAAAAUACAGUCCACGCCCGAUCUUGUAAUAUGCGAUACCAACAUUUUCGAUGCGGACAUGUUCGCUGCAACAUGGAAACCGAUCGUUGCAACCUUAUCAUACGUGUUCAUGUCCGCCACGGACGAUGCAGUAUUCUCUCGUGUAGUCACUGGGUUCGACCAGUGUGCACAAAUCGCUGCAAAAGCUGGGCUAAGUGACGCACUGGAUCACAUCAUCUCUUGUCUUUCGUAUAUUAGCACAUUGGCGCCGGACAUCCCUCCUAGCACUGCGCUGAACACUGAGGUUCAAGUAGAGAAGAAGAGCGUCAUGGUCAGCGAAACGGCUGUCAGGUUUGGGCGAGAUGGAAGGGCACAAUUGGCCACGGUUGUUCUGUUCCAAGUGAUUAAGGGCAGUGAAGCAUCUAUUCGUGAUGGAUGGAAUCAUCUCAUUCAUAUCAUGGUCAACCUGUUUGUCAACUCGCUGAUCCCCCCCUACUUCUUAUCGUUCCAAAAAACUUUGGCGUUACCACCGAUACCUCUCCAAAGCCCUGCCCAAGUUAUCGAUCGAGCCGAAAGGCCUGCCGACGCAGGUAUAUUCUCAGCUCUCACAUCCUAUGUUUCGAGUUUCGCCAAUGAUGAGCCUCCCGAACCAUCCGAUCAAGAGAUUGAAUACACGCUGUGCACAGUAGACACCGUCAAAGAAUGUCACUUCGAAGACAUCCUGGCAAAUAUAAGCCAGCUUCCCGUAGAAUCUCUGCGCUCCCUGCUCAUGUCUUUGUUGGAGCAGAUCCCCGAGGAUGGUUCUCCACGCGUCAUUGUGGUGAAACCGGAAGUGCCAUCGCAACCAAGUCCUCGAACCAAUGGCAACAGAGCGAAACCUAACCGCCCCGCAUACGACCCGAGCUUGGUGUUUGUUCUCGAAUUAGCAACUAUGCUUGCGGUUCGAGACGAGGAAACUGUGAAGGAGCUUGCAAAGGACGUUGCCGAUGCAUUGUCGACUGUAAUCAGGAAUGCUUCCAAACUUCACCCUGUGGUCGUUGCACGGGCAGUAUACUAUCUCUUGGUGAUACUCAAAGCUAGCAAUGACUACGAUUUCAUCAGGGCUCCUAUUCUCCUCCAUACCUUCUCCACGUUCGACAAGGAGCUUCUCAAGCAAUGCGCAGACCCACUCCUAAAGGGACUCUCGGAAUGUUGCAAAGGACCAAAUGGCCUUCGCAUAGAGUUGGCGAAUUCACCAGACUUCUGGUCCCUUUUGAAUACUUUGCACCAGGUGCCGGAGGUCGCCGGCGAUGUGUUCCAGCUGGUCGAGGAUCUUACUACUUCAGCGCAGCCUGGAAUUACAGCCGAUAAUUACGAGGCCGCGAUAGCGCUCCUUAACGAGUUUGCCACUGCAGCACAAGUUGGAGCUAGAGAAGAGCAAUUGCACGAUCAAGCUAUCAAACGCGGGCAAGCAUCCAAAUCUAAGAAGCCUGAAAGUAACGAGGUAGUAGUCCGUGGAAGUACAGCGAUGACAAUUGUAUUCCAAAUGUCAAGCCGUGUGCCCGCUUUCAUUGAGCAAUCGCAGCUCGAAGCAAAAGAAGCGUGGACAGCUUACUGGUCGCCUAUCCUUAAGACGUUAACACACCAGUGCCUUAAUCCUUGCCGAGAGAUUCGACAGCAUGCAUUCGGCUCACUACAGCGGACACUAUUGUCAAACGAACUUGCAUCCAAAGAUCACAGCGAGUGGACAGCCAUUUUCAAGGAGGUCUUGUUCCCUCUCAUCACACAAUUGCUCAAACCAGAGGUAUAUCAAUCUGACCCACUGGGCAUGAGCGAGACACGGGUACGUGCAGCUACGCUGCUUUCCAAAGUGUAUCUACAUUACCUGGGCAUGCUCUCCGAAACGGAUGAAUUGCUUGACCUGUGGCUGAAAAUCGUCACCAUCAUGGACCGUCUAAUCAAUAGCGGGCAAGGUGAUAACCUAGAGGAGGCGGUAUCGGAGAACCUGAAGAAUAUGCUGCUUGUGAUGUCCAACGGCGGAUAUCUAGCACCACCCGAGGAAGAACCUGAAGGAGAAGAGAUGUGGAAUGAGACUUGGAAGCGCAUUAACCGAUUUCUACCCAAUUUUUUCGCCGAGCUGUUCCCAGAGGAAGCGAAGAAGCCGAAGAGCGAGAGGAAAGCGAAGGAUGACAAGGCAAAAGGCAAAGAAGAAGUGAAGGAUGAGGCAGAGCAACCCUCAACGGCAAAGCCUGCAGAGGAGGGCGAUGACGAGUCGAAGUAA